AUGGAGAUGUCCCAUGGCAGCAUGCCUGGUACUGUGAAGCACUCGCUUCACGGACAAGUCGCGCAUGACCAAUUUGUCAAGCCUCCGUCCGAAACUGAAACAAUCGAAAUUGGAGACUUUGUGGGACUUGUGGAAUGGUGCAGUUCGGAAGGGGCAAUGAUAUGGCUCAGGUAUCGUAACUGUAUGGCAGAUAUCGAUAUUGAUGACGAUGAAGACUUCGUCCCUCCGCUGCUGCCAAUUCCGUCAUCUCAAGUUCAGCGCACACACCUCCCACCCACCGUUAAAUUUAACAAGGAAAGGGGCUACGAUCUCAGACCUGGAGACUUCGUUAGUGUUGCUCGUGGGCCCCAGUAUAUGGCCUUGGGCGUUGUGCAGAGUGUGGACUUUGUCAGCACUCGCUUGCAAUUUGUGUCGGAUAGCGACCAGUCACUGAUUGAUGUUCCGAUUCGCUUCGUCAUCAAGAUACGGAACGCGGGCUUUGAUACAUUCAAGAAAGUCAUCGGCAAAGAAGUCUACAUCAUCGGAGGCUACAGGAAGGGAUACAGAGCUACACUGUACAACAUUAGGGCUGACAGUUGCACGGUCGCUGUUCACAGUGAACAUGGCAUCACAGUAAAACUCGCUGGCAUUGCCACCAGGACUUCCUUGAAGCGUCCAAGGCCCGCUGAACCUGAGCCAUCUUCGCCUCUUGCGCACAGUCCGACCUCCGUCCCAUCAAGUCUGGUCAUAUCUGGAUCUUUGGACCCGACUAAAUUUCUUCAUCCUUCUCAUUUGAGCACGGCGGACCUCACGGACAAGACAUUUCAGUCUUAUAUCAGGCAUUUCUUGUCUAAUGCAGCUCCCAAAGUGCCAACCCCUCCUACUGGGCCUACAGGAUUAACCCUCUCCCAUCUCCAUCGAAUCCCGGAAUUAGCGCUUCUAGCCAGUCUCGUCGUCAGUGCUGAAACGAAGUGUCGGGAUUGA